AGUUUUGAUUGUACCACAGGCGAUAGUGGUAACGCGAGACACGCAAUUUUUUUUCGAUUUAUUAUUAUUAACUGUGAACUUCGUGAUAAUAAUAAAAUGUUUUUGGGUUUAGCUUGUUUCUGAUUCUAAAUUCAGAAGAGAUUACAGUCGAAUGUAACGGAGUGAAAAAAGUGACGAUAAAUUACAACUGUGUGAUUAUGUGUGCAGACAUUAAACAAUUCACAGAAAAUCUGUGAAACCAACUGUAUUUCAACCGAGUUAUUUGAUAAGUUCAAUUAAAUAAUUUUAAACGUAACAUCUACUCUACACCUUCACUAUAUCGCGCAAAGAAUCAAUUGCAAUAAAACCAUCAUCAUUAUGGGUGCAAGUAAGAAAAAUAGUGAGAAGACAGAAGAAGGUGGACUUAAACGGAACAUCGGUCUAAUGGCAGCUGUGAACGUAAUAAUCAGCGUCAUGAUUGGUUCAGGAAUUUUUGUCAGUCCCACCGCAGCACUUAAAUACUCCGGCAGCAUUGGAUUGUGCUUAGUAGUGUGGACUGCCUGUGGAAUAAUCUCAUUGAUGGGCGCUUUGUGUUUCGCUGAAUUGGGAACAGUUAUACCGAGAAGCGGUGGAGAAUACGCAUUUUUGCUGGAAAGUUUUUCCAAAUUGCAUCGGUUCUGGGGACCACUACCAGCGUUUAUCUGUUCUUGGGUGUAUGUUGUUGUUCUUCGUCCUGCCGCUGUCGCAGUUGUCAUUUUAACAUUUGCUGAGUAUUCGAUACAACCUUUCUCAACGCUCAUUGGACUUGAUCAACUUAGUGAUGGAGAUCAAGAGAAUGUCGUAAAAUUAAUUGCAUUGCUUGGAUUAGGCCUUAUCACAUAUAUAAACAUGGUCAGCGUAAAGCUCUACGUACAAAUUAAUAAUAUUUUUAGCUUUUUUAAAGUUUUCGCUUGUCUGGUUGUGAUAGGUGGUGGAAUUUACCAGUUGGCAAUCGGUAAAACUGAAAAUCUGAGAUCAGGUUUUGAAGGAACGACCACAAAUCCCGGUUACAUAGCUCUUGCAUUUUACAGUGGCCUAUGGGCUUAUGACGGAUGGUCAAGUGUAACCGUCAUCACAGAAGAAAUUAAAAAUCCAGAAGUAAACAUUCCAAGAUCAAUAUCGAUCGCAGUGCCUGUGGUAACAGCACUUUAUGUUUUUAUGAACUUGGCUUACAUGACCGUCUUAACUCCGGGUGAAAUGAUCUCAGCUCCUGCAGUUGCUGUACUAUUUGGUGAUCGAAUUUUGGGCCCAUUUUCUUUUAUCAUUCCAUUGGGUGUGGCAUUGUCUACCUUCGGCUGUGCCAUGAGUAUUCAAUUUGCUACAACAAGAUUAUGCUUUGUUUCUGGCCGUGAAGGUCAUUUUCUGGAACCGAUGUCUUACGUCCAUGUUCGCAGAUCAACACCAAUUCCAGCUGUAGCAUUAUCGGGUAUCAUCGUCUUCCUCUUUAUUGUGGUUGGUAAUAUCACAGCUCUGAUUGAGUUUGCGUCAUUCCUUAUUUGGGUUACAUAUGGUGCAUGCAUGACUGGAUUACUAAUCCUUCGCAAAACGCAACCGGACACCCCAAGACCGUACCGUGUACCAACAAUCAUUCCAAUUUUUAUUUUACUGGUCUCAAUAUUCCUGUCCCUAAUGCCAAUAAUCAGUGCACCAUCGAUGAAGUACUUGGCAGCUUUAGGAUUCAUUGCCAUUGGCAUGUGUUUGUACACACCAUUUGUUUACUACAAAAAGCGGCCCCGUAUUAUGAAUACUGUCACGUACAUCAUGCAAAUGCUGUUCAAUGUGGCUUCAACGGUACCAACCGCACAGUAUGCACCAGUAGCUACAGAAGAAAAGUAAAUUAUGGUGUUGCGGUCGUCGACGUUAGUUUUAUGUCUUGAUCUUACUGAAAAUUAUGUUCGUUUGUUUUCUUUAAAUUAUUAAGCAGCACGUUUUUUGAACACACAGUUUAUGCUACACACCACAAUUUUUUUUGUGAAGAUAGCCAAAGAGAAAUUUUAUUGUACUUAUUUUGGAUGAAAAUGAAAAAUUAACAACCGAAAUUAAAGAUGAGAUUUUCAAACAUU